AUGCCGCAGUGUUUGCGCCCGCACUCGUCGCACGCCCUGUGCGAGGUGGCAGCGGGGGAGCACUGGACGUCCCCGGCCAAUUGGGCCAGCUCGUUUGAAGCACCUCGGCGGCGGAAUUCCCUUCUGUCUUCGCCACCUCCCCCGUUCCCCUCCUCCCCCGUUCCCCUCCUCCCCCGUUCCCCUCCUCCCCCGUUCCCCUCCUCCCCCGCUCCUCACCUCCCCCACUCCCCCCAUCCUCACCUCCCCCCUCCACACGGCGCAGCCUCCCUGCGCACUGAGCAGCCUCCCUGCGCACUGAGCAGCCUCCCUGCGCACGGAGCAGGCGGGCGGGCAGUUGGGCACAGCAAGAUGCGCAUCUCCCCUGCCGGCCUGCCCCACUGUGCUGUGUCGCCAUGCCUCUCUCUCUGCUGGGCUGGGAGACACACAACACACCACACCACCCUCCCCCUUCCCCCAAUCCCCACCUCCCCACCUCCCCCUCUCCCCCGAUCCUCACAUCCCCACUCCACAUGGCACAGCCUCCCUGCGCACUCGCAGCCGGGAAGGCAUCUCCUCGCUGGCCACGGGAAGGCAUCUCCUCGCUGGCCACGGGAAGGCAUCUCCUCGCUGGCCACGGGAAGGCAUCUCCUCGCUGGCCACAGUCCUGCGCAUCUCCUCUGUGGCCUGCCUCGCUGUGCCUUCAUGCCUCUCCCCUGGGACAGCUUUUCAGGCGCCUCAACA